CUUAGUCAGCUCGCUUGGGCCGGUGUGCAGUCGUCUCUGGGAUCGCCGCUGGCAGGGGGUGGGGGCGGUGUGCGGUCGGUUGGGCGGCUCUUGCCUGUGGCCAUCUCACUCUCUUGGUUAUAGCCUCCGCCCUAACCGCCGAUCCUUCGUGGUAACCUCCAGAGAUGCGCCGUGCCAUCGAGGUCGCGGAGGAGCCCAUGGACGCCGACGACAACGCCGCCUGCGAGACCGGCCGAGGCGAUGCGGUCACCGCGUCGUUCGAAGCGGCGCACCUCUUCCACGACGAUGGCCGGCAGCGUGGGCUCGCACCGGGCGUGGUGGCUAGGCUCAUGCCUGGACUUCGAGAUCAGAGGAAGGUCCGCGAGUUCUGCGACGUUACGUUUCGCGCGACAGACGGCGUGGAGAUCUGGGCCCAUCGGUUCGUGUUGGCAGCCAGGUUCUCCGGCUGCUAUGCGCUUUUCGCCCUCGCCAAGCAAGGCAUGAGUUCCGAGCAGAGGCGGAUGAACGAGUGCCCGCCGCCCAUCCGCGCGGUGAUGACAGACCUGGACAGCGACAUGACCGAACUACUCGUCGGCUUCGCCUACCACACUCCGCUGCACGAGCUCAUCGACCAGCACAACGUGGCCAAGGCACUCGGACUCGCCGAAAAGCUAAAGAUAUUCCGCAUACUGGAUCAUUGCCUGAACACCCUGAAAAAGGACCUCAAACCGGAAACCUGCAUCGACACUUACCACCUGACCUCCAGCCGUGGAUUCGAGCAUCUCGCCGGGGAAGCGUUCCGAUACCUGGUGCGGAACUUCGACCAGGUGUGGAAGAACAGCGCCCAGUUCCAGGAUCUGACGCCAGAGGAGAUGCACACGAUCCUCAAAGACGACCGACUGCACGCGCCCAACGAGGUAGAUGACACGUUCUGUGCCAUCCUCAAGUGGAUCUCCGCCGACGUGGACAAGAGGAAGGCCUACCUCGCCAAGUUCCUGCCGCUCUUGCGCUUCGCACGCUGCUCCGUCACAGAUGUCGAGAAAGUAGUCACCGACCCACAAGUCCAGAGUGACCGGAACAGCGUGAAGGUGCUGAACGUGAUCCACCAGACGCUCAGCCAGCCGUCCAUGGCGGUGGGCGAUGUUGCCGGCGUCGACCUGUCCCCGAAGUUGUGGCUCAAGCCUCGCCUGCCCAAGGACAUCCUCUUCCUUUUCGGCGGCUGGACUGUGUGCGCGACCAACAAGAUGCUCACGUACUACAGCCGCGCCGCCAAGUGGAGCGUGAUGGCCAGACAGGACACCAUGGUCAGGGCGUACCACGGUGUAGCAGUGGUCGACCAGCGUAUCUACUUCGUGGGUGGCUUCAACGGCCGCGAGUGCUACCACUCGGUCGUCUGCUUGGACGUGCCGCAGGCCAGAUGGAGCGCCAAGGCGAACAUGGCCAUCGCGCGCUGCUACGUCAGCGUCGCCGUCCUCCAGGGCCAGAUCUACGCCAUUGGGAGGCUUCGACGGCCACACGCGCACAAACACGGUCGAGCGGUACGACGUCGAGACAAACCGGUGGUGCAUGGUGGCCAGCAUGAACGACGUCCGCAGUGACGCCAGCGCCGCCGUAGCUGCAGGACGUAUCUACAUCGCGGGAGGCUUCGCGGGUCGGGAGGUCCUGAACACCGUGGAGUGUUACGACCCGUCGACCAACGUCUGGACUCUGGUGUUGACCAU